AAAAGUCUCAUUUUCGAAAUUUUUUAUAUCAACAAAACAAAAACCGAAACCAUAACACUCAAGCCACUCUGAAAAGUCUUGCGUAACCAAGCUUAUCGGGUUUGUUGAUGGAACCGGACUAGAAUAAGCCCAACAAAGAAAAAAAACAAGGUGGUAGAGACAGCAGCAUACUCCAUCGAAGAAAAUGGAAGAAGAACCCCACUGCAGCAGCAGCAGUGAUGACGAAGACGGUGAUGAUGAAUGGAAAGCCGCCAUUAGCGCCGCCGCCUCCACCCUUCUGGGUUGUGCGCAGCCCAAACAAACACCCACUCCUGCGCUUGAUAACGAUGAUGAAGACGCCAAAACUCUUCAACCCCAGCCCAUCAAGCACUAUCAAAUCAAGGCACAGAAGACCUUGGAUGAAAUAAUGAGAAAAUCUUUAGAUGUGGUGAAAACUUCAGAUCCCAUCGACAUCAAUGAUGAUCAUCCUGUCGCAAAUGACGGUGGGGUUCGUUUAUUCAAGCAAGCUCCUGUUGGCAUAGUGUUUGAUCAUAGAGUUGAGCUAAAGGGACCAAAAAAGAAACCAAGAAUUCUCCCGGGUGAAGCAAUUAAUGAGAAAUCAAAGAAGUUUAAAAGAGAAUUGCAGUCUGUUGUGGUUGAGGGAAUGGAUAUCUUAGCUACUGCAAAGGAUGCAAGCUUAAAAUCUCUAUCUAAAUUGAAAGCCAAAGAAGCAGCUGCAAAAGAAGCUGCUAAGAGAGAGGAAGAAAGAGUUGCACAGCUGAAGAAAAUCAGGGGGGAGAAAUGGCUGCCAUCAAUCGCUAGAGAAACGCAGAAGAAAUAUAAAGUUCGUUAGUUUAAGCUUGAAUAUGAGAUUCCCUACUGAUUGUCUCCUUCUGCCAAAAGAAUACUUGGUUCCUUGAAUGCACCUCCUGUCUGAUUUGGGACAUUAGUUGUAUUAAACUUUUUGUAGGCUAGGAAAAAUGUAUUUGAAACAAAAUUUUUUGAAAUUGAGUUUCCUAAGAUAUCUAGUAUAAUCAGGUGUUAUCCUGAUUUCUUGACUA